AUGCUAUAUUAAUUACUUAUAGUAAUUUUAGUCAUUACUUAGGGAGAGAUUUUGUACUUAGAGAACUUUAUAGAUGAUAGCUUUGUUGAUUCUGAGGGUAUAUUAUUAUGUAAUGAUAUAAGGAUGGGCAGUAAAAUAUGCAAGCCAAAGUAUUGGUAAUUGCAGUAUUACAAAAUUGUUUGGAGGUUAUGGGGUGUUUGGAAAAAACACAAUUAUUACAAACCUAAUAAACCUACCUGCUCACUAUGCUAUCAAGAUUACAUUUGAAUUUUGGAAGUAAGAUUAUUAAUAAAUACUUAUAGAAUGGAUUCUUGGGAUAAUGAAUAUUUUUAUAUGUAUUUUGAUUAGAAUCUAAUCUUCUCUAAGUAGUAUGGAACAUCAGAUACAAAUCAAAACUUGUGUGGAUCAUAAACUGCAAAAAUAUACCAUGAAGAAGUCUCUUAAAUCAGUGUAUCCUAAAAUCAUAAUUUUAAAACACUUUUUAUCCUGAUGACGACAAAUUUAUAAGGAAUAGCAGAUGUAUGGAUAUAAAUUUAUGAGAGGAAUGGUGGGGAAUCAGACAUUUCAGAUUAUAUAUCUACCCAUGUCCAUCAGGAUGUUAAAGUUGCACUUAAGAAGAUUCUUCCAUAGAUUGCUCGAUAUGGGUUAUCUAGUAUCAAAGUUUAUUGACUGUGGACCCAAGCUAAUUCUAAAUGGAAGGAUGGAUGAUUUUUGAAGGGGAAUCAUCAAAAAGUAUUUGCUCUUGUAUAUUUGUUAUAAAUUAUAAUAGCUAUUCCAAUGGUAGGAGGUUUGCUUAUAAGUGGAAAAAAUAGUAAAAUUAUAAAAUCCAUAAAUUUGCCAGUUCAUUGCUAAAUUAAGAUUUAAUUCAGAUUUAUUUUUAUUGAUAGAUGGGAUUCUGCGUACGCAUAAUUAUAUGUAGAUAACGAAUUAAUAUGGAAUUAUAAUCAUAGUUCAGUUACAAACAAACUAAAUCUUUGUGGUAAUAAUUUUGGGGAAAAUAUUUUAAAUGAGAAAAUUAUAUUACCUCAUAAAUAGUAACUAUUACAAUUGUAAUUUACUACUACACUGAAAAAUUCACUUUCUUAAUCAGCAUUUGGUAUUAGAGACAUUGAAAUAUUUAUAUGUAAAUAUGAUUAAUAAUUUAAGAAUGUCCUUAUGGUUUUCCUUUAGAUUUAGAUUGUGGAGGAAUUUGUGGAAAUGGGGUUAUAGAUAAAACUGAAUAAUGUGAUGAUGGUAAUAUUUUCCCUUUCGAUGGAUGCUUUAAUUGCUAAUAUUCAUGUGUUGAAGGCUGUUCUAAUUGUAUUGAGGGCAUAUGUUUCGAAUGCUAAGAAAAUUAUAUUUACUAAGAUUUUCAAUGCGCUCCAAUUUCUAUAGACAUUCUAAUAAAUGAUUUAGAUGAAUAAUAGGAAUGUGUUUAUGGUUACAAACUAAUUAACAAAUAAUGUUAAACAGUUUGUGGAGAUGGAAUAAUAGCUGGGAGUGAAGUAUGUGAAAUAGAGGAAUAAGAAUGUCACAAUUGUUAAUUUAUUUGUUUCAAGAAUUGUGAUUUUUGCAUAGAAGGCGGAUGUCAUUAAUGUAUUUUCGGAUAUUCAUUGAAUUUGAAAGAAUAAUACUGUUAACCUAUUUGUGGGAAUGGCAUUGUAACUGAUGAUGAAGAAUGUGAUGAUUAAAAUUAACUAAAUGGUGAUGGAUGUUCAAGCCAAUGCAAAAUUGAAUAGAAUUACGUAUGCAGAAAUUUGUAAUACUCAUUUACAGAAUGUAGCUAUGAAAAAUAGCCUUCUUUCAAACUCUCAUUAAUUAACUCAUAUCAUUAAUAUUAAUAUGUUUCUAUUUAUUUUGACUAAAUGGUUAAAAAAAAGAGUUCGAAUUUAUUUUCUACAACUAUUCAAAUGCGUUUAAUUGGACCUAGUGAGACAUCUUAUAGUUUGCAUUUAAUUCCUAUUCAAGAACCCUUUGAACUAGUUUCUGCUGCAGAAUACUAAAUAGAAAUUUUAAUAAACACUACUCUAGAAUAACCACCUAUUUUAGAAGUAAUUCUAGGAGAACAACUAUUUAAUUACAACGAUGCUUCCCUUUUGAAUCAACAUAAAUAAAUUUAACUUAAUAUUCCAAGUUACAUUAAUGAUCAAUUAAAACAGAAUGCAUUAUAACUCAGCAGUGUAGCUAAAUACACAAUUAUUUCAAUGGGAGGAUCAGCUGUGAUAAUAUUGAUACUUUUUGGAUCAUUAUUAGUUUAAGAAAUGCUUGAAAUACUUCAAUAACAAUCCUAUCUUAAAUUUAUUAAUGUUGUUUUUCCUCUUAAUUUAUUUAUUUACUUUGAAUCAAGCAAUCUGGUAUCUAUACAACCUGUAUUGGAUAAAAUUAAAUUUAAUAAUAUAUUAACUUAAUUUAUGAAUGAUUAAUACUUGGAAUCUUAAGGGAAACUAUUAUUCUACGAAGUAAAUGCAAAUAUCUUAAGCAAUAUUACAACCCAAGUAUUCAUAAUUAUCAUAAUAAUAAUUACCUAUUAUUCAGCUUAUGUAAUUAUUAUCUUUAUAAGGAGAUUGAAUAAUUAACAAUUUUUCUAAUUUGGUACACACUUUGCCAAGUUUAUUAUGAUAAUCUUAAAAUCAUUGUAAAACUUCAAAAGAAACUUCUAAAGAGAAGCAUUCUAAGACUUUUUAAAUACAAAUAGCUGGGAUCUCCUAUUUAUGUCCUUAUUGUAAGUAUCGUCACAAUCACCUAGCAUAGCUUGCUAUUUUUUGGCAUAUCUGAUUUUUUAUGUUAACCUCUUUCUUUCAUCCAAAAUCUUAUUUAGAACUAGUUUUCCAAUUAUGAGAAGUCAGAAAUAAUUAUGGAUUUCAAAAUCAAAUUAAAUUAAACUAUUCAAAAAAGCAUUAUUUAUAAGUGUAUUAGUAAUGUUUUAACAAAAUCAAAAACUAUAAAUUAUGUUAUUAAGCCUUGUUUGUUAAUUUUAUUUGAUUUAUCUUUUCAUUAUGAAACCAUUUAAAAGUAUUACAGGCUAUGUUAAUACUAUGACAUUGGAAAUAAGUUCUUUUAUAUUUUGUUUCUCAUCAGCAUUGUAUUGGAAUGAUUUUUAAUAUAAAUUGAAUUAUGAAACCUAAAUUUAAUUUGCAUGGUUUCAAAUAGGAAUUUUAUUAUUAUGCUUAUUUAUUAAUUUAAUUUCACAAUUAUGCAUGAUAUGCUUAGAACUGAAAAAAAUUGUAGUGAAAUGGAUUUAAAAAAGUCAUCCCUAAUAAUAAAAUCAAAUACAAAUGAAAGGAAGUCCAUUUACAAUUCCUUGA